UACCGAUUGCAUCCCUAAAAAAAAAUACUGCGUGUGAAAAAGACCCGAACUUUUCGCAUACCUUUUGGGUGCCUAUUUAUCAAGCGGAAAAGCGCGCUCUACUGAUCAGAUCGAUUCGAUCGCAAGACGACUGUUCAAAAUGUUAUAAAGCACCGCUCCGUGUCCGUAGACAGUCGCUGUUCUACUUCUCUAAAUAACACACACACACGCGCGCGCCGCCGAGUGUCAACAGCUGCCCUGGCGAAAAAAUGUCGGACAUUAACGAUGACCUGCUCAACUAUGAGCUGGGCGACGACAUCGAUGACCAGGCUCUGCUCGGCGCCGACGAGGAUGAGUUGCUACUCUCGGACGAAGAGCUCGAAAAGGAUGUCACCAGCGAGGUAAAGCAGCAGAUGCGCGCCGAGGCCGAGGAGUGGGCCCAGGAGCAGAUUAGACAGCACGAGCGCAAGCACAAGGAGCAAUUGCAGGCAGGUGCGACUGCAGCGGCUGUUACAGUUGCAGCCACGGCCACGACAGAGGUGGCACCUUCAAAGGCGCACCCAGAGCACGCCCCAACUCCUGUGUCGGAUCCUGUUCCUGCAAAUCCUCCAGUCGCCCAGGUGGAGAAACAUAUUGAGCACCACACGGCUGUGGCAGCUGAGCCAGCGAAUGAACUGCUAACGGCCAGUCGCUCGGAUCCGCCAGUACAGCAUUCUAAGGCGGAUGCGCCUUCAGGUGAUGGAACCGAAAAGGAAGCGACUCAGAAUAAUGGCAACAGCGAGGAGCCAGCAGAGAAUGCUGGCAGUCAGAGGGAAGGUGAACGAGGACUGGGCUUGUGCUCGCUACUGGCCUCAUCCCAGGAGAGCCUGCCCAGCGCCAGCUCUGCCUCUGUGAUUUCAGAGCUGCCCGAUCCGCGCGAGGACGACGAAGAGCGCGAGGAGCGCACCAACUACAAGACGGCCAGCGAACGAUCCGACAACAAUCUGCGCCAGCAACAGGAACACGCACACAUGUCGCCCUACCAGCACCAGCAGCGCCGACACCACGGCCAUGGAGACAAACCCCGCGUUGGCGGAGGUGGACGUUAUAUGCAUGGCCAGCAGCAGCAACAGAGCCAGAUGGGCAAGCCGCCGCGUGGAAUCGGAACUCGCCACCAUCUGCUACGCAACCCCUCGCCAAUGUUUGGCAUUCAGCAGCAGCGCAUGGGCAUGGCCGGAAUGCAGCCGCCGCCACAGCUAUACGGCAUGCCGGGUAAUGCUCAACAACCGCAGCACCUGGCUCUGAUGAGCACGCCAGUGGGUGCUGCUACCACCGCCGCCUGUCUUCUCCCACUAACCGUUCCCGUAACACCCCUCACCCUGUCCAUACCGCAAGCCCAUCCCAGCCAUCAAGUUCAUCAACAACAACAGCAAACACUGAGCAAUCCAACAUUCAUUCCAAUUCCAGGCCAGUACCCGACAACUCAGCCACCCAACCAGUCACCACAACAAGCACCGACCAACACACAACAGCCACACAGCGCUCCCGCCUCUCCCCUCCACACUCCCACGCAUUCGCACAUGAUGCACCACAGUCACAAUCCGAACGGAGGCGUGCCGCCCCAUCUGCUGCCGCAUCCGCACGAGCAGGUGCGUGUGGGUCUGCUGCAGCCACCGCCGCUGGCGUACGCCCCCAAUCCGGGUGGCUAUCGCAAUGGAGCACUUCUGGGUCCGGGACCUGGACCUGGGCCGCACCAGCAACACCAGUCGCCGCACCAGCAGCAGUCGGGCAUGCGUCCGCCGCUGUACCGAAACGCCCCGCCAUCGUACGGCUACGACCAGGGUCAUCCACCCCAGCAUCCUCCGCAGUUUAUGCGGCCGCACAACGGCUGGCGAUCGCCGGGCGACAAUACGCGCAUGCAGCGACCCCCACUGCAGACGCUGCCACCGCACAUGAUGCCCGGCGCACCGCCGAACUAUGCCAACGGCAUGGGGAUGCGAGGUCCGCCGCCCCCGCAACAACAGUCGCAGCAGCCGCAGCAGCCGCCAGCACCGCAGCAAGCGGGCAAUCCUUUACAGCAGGCCGCCAAUCCUGGCCAGCCGCCGCAGCAGCCGAAUGGACCGCCGCAGCAGCAGGGCUCUUCAUCGGUGCCUCGGGUCAGCAAGGUGCUCAUCAAUCCGAAUUUCAAGGGUGGAGUCGAAGCGGCUACAAACAAGUUCAUUAAGGAGACCCAUUUUAUGCCCGCCAUCAAUAGCGAGGCCGAGUUGCUGCGCCAGCAGGAGGAGUUCAUCAACAAGAAUCGCCAGUACUUUGAGAAGAGACGCAUGGAACGCUCGCCCCCGUCGUCGGGCUCCGCCACCGGAGCCGCAUCCUCCGGACAGGCAGGCGAACGGAGGCGGACACGUAGCCGCAGCCGCUCCCGUGGCCGCAGUUACUCACCCGUCAAGCGCAUGGAGAGGGAUCGCGAGCGGGAGCGGGAACGCGAGAGGGAUCGUGAAAGGGAGCGGGAUCGGGAGCGCGACCGUGAGCGCUAUGGAGGCGCCAAUCGGGCGGCAGGAAACCGAGGGUUCCGAAGGGCAUCCAGUCGGGAUCGGGACGAGAAUCGUGGUGCAGCAAGCACAGCCAGUGCCCAAGGAGCGGGCGGAGCAGCAUCCAGCGGCGCUGCGCCGCCCAAGCGACGGAGGAGUGGCUCGGCUGGUGGUGGCACUGCCCGCAAUCCAUUCUCUGGCGAGCCGCGCGGCCGACCAUCGGAAACAGGCAGCCGCAGUAUGCCCAGCGACGAGGACGAGGAGACUCGCAACUACCGCCUGGAGAUCGAGAAGCAGAAGCAGCUGCGCGAGAAAAUCAUGCGGGACAAGGAGCUAAAGCGUCGGCGCGCAGCCGAGGAGAAACUACACGAGGAGAAACGCGCCGAGCAGCACAAUUCGCCAGCCCGCGACGACCAGGAGGUGGCCGCCGGACAAGGAUCUGCAGUGUCGACAGGUGCUGCGUCAAAGCAUCGGCCUGCCCAGUCAGUCGGCGAGCGCAAGGUGAUCUCGCUAAAGCGUCGCGAUGAUCAGGAUGUGGGUAACGUUCGCAGCAGGCAGACACAGGGAUCGCAGUCCCAGCUACAGUCCAAUGCUCAGGCAACCCAAGGCCAGCAGCAGCAGCAGCAGCAGCCGGCGCGCAAGCAACUAACGGCGGCAAAGAUAGCGCCAGAGGCAAAGCGCAGCAUAACCGAUCACCUGGCGCCAUCCUCCAAGCAGCAGCCGCAUCAUAAUCAGCAGCAGCAACAGCAGAUGACUGCAGUGGCGCCGGCGAGAACGGUGGGUGCGGGAUCGGGAUCGGGAGCUGCGGCCGGCGGCACACCGCCAAAGCCGCGUGAUAUGCUGCGCCUGGGCACGCCCAGCGACGAUGAAGUGGAGCUGGACUACGAUGACGAUGACCUGCUGCUGGACGAGGAGGAUCGUUUGUUGGCCACGCCAUCGCCGCCGCCGCAAAAGGCGAGCAGCAAGAGAUCGGCCACUCCGGAGCUGUUGGUGGUCAAGCGCAACCACAAGGCAAUGCGCGGCGGGAGCUCGACGUCAGCCCAGCCCAGCUUUAGCUCCAACCAGCGGCGGGUGGUGUUGAAACCGAACAGCAAUGGCAGCAGCGGCAGCGGUGGAGAUCAGCAGCAGUCGUCGCAUGGCGGCAGGCAGCGGGAUCGGAGGCGAGGUGGAGAGGAUAGCGCACUGCAGCGGAAGGGCGGAGCAGGAGGUGGUGGCGGAGGAGGCAGCAGCUCGGGAUCUGGCGGAGGGAUCUUCGAUCGGCUGGAGAAGCGUCAGGCCGUCUCGGGAGGAGGGAGCAGCGGUGGAGGCGGCGGAAGCAGCCAUAAGCAGCGCUCCAAGGCGCCUGCCCGCAUCGUACUCAAGCACGAUUGAUAAGAAUAUUUAAAUUAAGCGUAACCUUUUCUAUAUCGAUUAUCUCUGUAGUGGAUAGCAGAUGUACGACGAUGGGGAAGAGUAGUGCAGUAAGCGGAACAUUAGCUUUAAGAGUUAUAAAGUUGCAAGUUGUUGAGCUGUAGACUUGUAUACCCAAUGUCUAUAUAAAUAGCGGAUUAUACAUAUAUGUAGAUGUCAUGUAUUUGGUGAGUAUACGUGUGGGUGUCUACCCCGUACUCCAUACGGUAUACUAUAAAUAUAUAUAUAUAUAUUUAUAUAUAUAUAUAUAUAUAUAGAAAUUCAUUUAGCUUUAAGUGUACAAAUCUUAUCAAUGACUAAAACGUGCUUCGUUUUCUUAAUCGCAAUUUGUAUUUAAACGUAGAAUUAAGUGGGAUGCUUAAAGCUUGACCUGGACAAGAAAACAAAACAAUUACCAUAACUAACUAUAGCAACACAAACUAGAAUCCAAAUGUGCAUACUAUGUGCAUGCCUAUAGCCUAUGUAAUCAAUUGAAAAAUAUUUACACCUCUAUCUAUAUAUUUAUGAAUACUUCAAUUUAGUUUUAAGCGCAAAACCUGAGCGUCUACCUUUUUUAUGAUGACGAUUCUAAAAGAUUUUAUUGAAAGAAAGAAAAUUUAAGAAGUGCAAAUGGUUCUUAGGAAUUUAACAUAUACCUAAAUUAGUUAUUUGAUUUAUUUUAUACAUUGUGCCCCGUUGAUUGUAAAUGAAAUUUAUUGUCUGUCCUAUUGUGUUCUAUGUAACUACUAUAAACCCACAUACAAAACUAUGUUUGCUUGUGAACUAGUUUAACUAAUAAACCUGAAAUAUUGUAGCAUAUUACGUGAAUACGUAAAUGUACACAAAACGCAAUACCAUAAUGGCCUGGAAAAACGCAGACACAGAAUGGUACCGAUCACUGGUAAUGCAGAAAAAUCAAACCAUACAAUAGCACAUAGCAUAGCACAUAGAAUACCACAUGCCACACAUUUAACUUUAACUUAAUUGGCCAGUUAAAGAGUAAUCAGCGGAUUAAAAUCUUUGCUGGUGGACCGCAGAGUUGACGAUUGAUGGAUACCCUAGCCACUAAGUAAAAUUGUACAUACUACGAUCGCACUAUUCGUCUAGCCUCAUUUAUGUAAACAUACCACACUUCCUUCGACAACUGAGAACAUAUGUCCCAAUUAAAACAGCAGCCAUAACUUCAUUUAGAUUAUUUGCGUCGAAGAAAUUGCGAAAUGCCUAGGCUAAAGAGAUUGUUAAAUUAUUGCCACUCCCACUUCCCAAAAAUAAAAAUAUAUACUUAAAUCCUUGAAAGAUAUGCAAGAACCAUUGUCAUUGGACAGCAAGCGUUGUGCUUUGCAACUAUUCUCAGAGCAGGAUAAUAUCUAGAAACCCCAAUUGUAUCGAUAAGCUCAUGAUUAUGUUAAUAUGAGUCAUUUUUAUUGUAAGUUAGCUAACUAGAUGACAUGAAAUGUACUAAAGCCGCUCUAAUGAAUUCGCUUCUAAUCCCAAAUUGGUACAAGCUUGACUUUGCAUUAAUGUAAUUGGCACAUUUAGUCAUGUGACAACACAAAGAGAUACAAAUGUAACUAUCUAUCUAUGUAUGUGGCAAAGGUCAAGCUAAUGCGUGAAAACGUUUAAUUGUUGAGGGUCGCUGGAAACACUAGAAAAUGAUAAGAUUUAAAUGGAAGCGCAUAAAGAAGUCGUAUAUGCCUAGGUAUACGUAUAACUCUAGUAAUCGUAAUGCUACACAAUAUGAUAUAAUAUAUGGACUAAUAAAAACCAA